AUGGCUGAUAAGGCCAGGUUUAAAGUUGUCAAAAAGUGGAUACCUAAUCUGAAAAGAUACAGAUACAAUAUUGUACACCAACAUGUUUUGCUUUACGGCAGAGGCACUGCUGUUCUUGCAUUAAAAACUACAAGGAUGAAAGUACUACCUGAAAAACUAGACCACUUCUUGAAAUUCAUUACGAGCCAGUAUAUCAUUCAAGAUUUGCCAUUCGGUGUAAAAACCUUGAAGUUGUCCUCUAACACCGAGAUUAAGGUCCCAGACGUCGUAAGGACCCUGAUUUCCGAGCAAAUAGUCCAACAGUACCUGUGUUACUGUGAUGUGACCGACUUUGCCCCGAUGAGUCGCUUCACACAGUGUAGAAUUCUAAAAGUUUGCUCCGCGUCUGUACGCAAGUCUUUGCAAGGACUUGACUAUGUUUCAGCCGAGGGCGCAAAAAGAACGAAUUGGCGGUUAUCAUCGACGAGCAAGGAGACAACUAUGGAAAAGGGCACUCCUGGGCAAAAGAGCAACCGGCAAAACGUUAUUUCAAAUGUAACUAUAAGGUAGUACUAUAAAAAAUAAGUAUGAUUUUAAAAAAAACAUACUUUAAAUACCUACUCAGUUAUCGAACUUCGGAACUAACCAUUUCAUGUCAAACCCUAGAAGUACAGAGGGAGUUUAAUCGGGACAAUAACGUUCCUUUCAGUCUUUCACGAGUGUCACACAAGUCAUGUAUAGUUCAAACAAUUCGAUUUGACGACUCGGUUUAUCGUUACACUUUGAUUGCAGGUACAUGUAUCGCCAGCUUCUAGAGUUCCAGAUCACUGUCGCGCAUUUGUUCUCAGUUACCCUGGAGAUCCAGAUACAGUAGUGAUUGCGAUCAUGAUGAUUACAUCGCAUCGAUGCGAGUUGUUCCCCGAUGUGGUCCAUGAAAUUGAGUCCGUUUUAGAGGAGGUUCAAUCCACCAAAGAGGAAAAAGAUGAGAUGAAAUAUAAAGUUUCUCAAGCUAAAAAA